AUGUUCGGAGGACCACCACCACCACCAUCCAAGCAAGAGCUUGAGGCUGCUGAGGCACAGACCGCAUCCGAUGUCAGAUGGACUGCUGCUGCGUGCCUUGUCCUCUACCUAUCUCCAUUCGUCAUUGAGUACACACGCAAACUCGUUUGA